AUGACUCGUCUAGAUAUUGCUUAUGAUGUUAAUAUAGCGUCUCAGUUUAUACAUGCUCCUCGUACUACUGACCUUCAUGGUGUGAAAAGAAUUUUCAGAUAUCAGCAAGACACUUUGACUUUUGGUCUGUUCUUACAUAGCAGCAGUGCUCCUACUGCUGUUAUUGCCUAUUCGGAUGAAGAUUGGGUUGUUUGUCCUAAUACUCGUCAUUCUAUUAUUGGUUAUGAUGUCUUCCUUGGGAAGAAUUUGAUUUCCUGGAGCUCGAAAAAACAACCCAUUGUUUCCAAAUUCUCCACUGAACGAAGCUGA